GAGAUUCUUUGCCUAGUUUUGCAACGUGAGAUUUUCCGGCAAGAGGCUCCGAUGGAAAACAAGGUUAUCACAUGAUAUCACAGCAGACUUCGAGACCUGUGAAGUUUUUCGAAGGGUAUCUUCCUAUUCACCCUUCACGGUUCUCCGAAUCCAUCCCUGGAUCAGAGUCCAAAAUCUAGCCAAAGUCGGCUAUAGUCCUGAGUUCAUCUUCUUAGCUAUACGUUUCAAAAUUCCCAGUGUGAGAGUGGCGAAAUUCUAGAGUUUGUGUGAAGUGUUCUCCAAAGUGCUUCCCAAGUGGUUCCUAUUCUCCCUAGCAACACCCUGAAGAAAACACUAGCACCUUCUUUAAAACACUGCAGUCUUCCAUUGUAUACCCAAUCAAAUCUUCCUGCCUUUUUCGAAGUUUUAUAAGUACAAUUAUUUCCAAGUCUUCAGUCUACAAUCCCAGACCAGGCUUAGCAAGUUUGGUCAGCCUUAAAUUUCAACGUGUGCCUCCCGAACAAAUUUUUUCAAUCCACAUCCCUUAUCUCUAAGUAUCGUCUCAAUUAUACAUUCUCCUCAUCAUCAAAGCUUUCGAUUCAUUGCCCAGGGCAGAGUGGCUCCGCUACAUCUUGCGUGUGUGACUUGGAGGUUAGGUCGCUCACACUGCAGCAAUGGCUCUCUGCGGAAAGCUGUAGCUUAGUCCCUUCAAAUGUGGGAAAGCAUCCGGGAACAUGGCGGGAAAUCUCAGCAGCUUCGUUCAAAAAAUGGAUAUUGACAAUCCUGGCAACUUGAAGCGGUCAAAUAGUGCUCCCAUGAUUAACGAAAUCAAUGCGCGGUCUGUCGCUACUACCGCCUCAACAUCGAACACCACAUCAAGGUCUUCUUCACCAUGUAACAUAUUUGCAUGCACCACUGUGCAGUCACGCACACGGAGAUUCAGUGCCAGCUUCAGUCCUCAUCACACUCCUGCAAGCUCACCAAGGCUGACGCCACGAGUGAGUCAGUUGCGACAAGAAGAAUGUGUGGACCGAGAAGCUGCACACGAGAAGGAGCUUCACUCAGCCAUGGUCAUGUCUCAGUCCUGGGAGGACCUCACUGUUGAUCCCUCGUCAAAGAGUGAAGAUGGAAGUAAGUCUGUUCGAAUGCUGGAUCCACUCCAUGUGUCGUUGCCAUGCGGACCUCCAUUGUGCUCUUCGCCCUCGCCAACACGAAGUUUGACAACGAGGCAGUGCUUCUCACCAUCAAUCUCUAUGUGGAAAACGAGCCUCUCCCCUAGUCCUACACGGAAAGCAUUCUGCACCAGAAGUCUAAGUCCAGUUGCAAUGCGCCCCAGUUCCUUAGGUUCAGUAAAACGGAAAUUUGAACUAGAUGACAAUGAACCACCCGCAAAGAGAGGUGGUCUCCUUAUUGCCCAGUCCCGGCUGGAGGUAAAUUCACUUAGCCCACUGCCAGGAUCUUUACCUUCAAUCGGGACCCCAGAAUCUGUAUCCAGUGCAGAUUCUCCCGGAGGCUUCACGUUCCGACCGGUGGACACCCCCGCAGCGUCACCUCUUCCCUCACCACAGCAGUCAACCCCACGACCACCCCCACCACCUCCUGAUCAUCCUAUGCAGGACCUCACCAAGAAUACCAGCUGAAGCACACCAAUUCUGUUUUUGCAUAGAGACAUAGUCUGCGCCAAGGAGUAGUUCCUACAAGGGAAAUGUAUUCCCUAAAGUGUCUGUUUAACAGGAAAAUCAUUCCUUGUCCCAAUCAGUACACCCAGAAAAGGUCAUGAAGUAUUCAUAUUUUUUCACCAAAAUUGAGGUAUAGAAGGAAAGUGAUGAUAAUGAAGUCUCUCACCGGCGACUCUGAAAAUCAGCUUAAUUACUUUAUGUCACAAUGAAGCUUAACUUCUUUUUUUUUUUUGAAAUUCAUUGCUGGUAAAAAGUCAUUAUAUUCCCUUGUAAAUCCUCUGUUAGUCACUUGUUACCGAAUUUCAUCUAAAGAGCACUGAAAAUGCAAACUGCAACCGUGCAACUUGUGCCGCGUUUGCAUAUGGCUUCAACUGUGUAAAAUUUUACCAUGCAGCAAAUUAGAAAGGAUCGUUUUUGUCCCAUGCUCUUAUGCCUUCAUUUCAUCCCUACCAUUCCUUUUGAUGGCUUGUGGUCUCAUCAUGAGAUUUUAUCAGUGUAUUUCAUAAUUUCUGGUCUGAUGCCGACCAAAAAUUAUAAUCAAAUUUUUUUAUUUGCCCUCAUAAAUCUUGUCAGUGUUUGUACACCUUAUGAAAAUCAAAUUUUUCCAAGGGAACAGGCGUUUUCAGAUAGAAAGAAAACUGCAACAGGAAUGUAAA